UAAUUGGAUUUCAAGUGAUGGCGUCCAUUAAAGUAGCAGCAGUCGCGUUGAGCUGUUUCCUUCACUACACCCUAACUGCCUGCCUUCAUACAGAUACAAAGUUUACAAAGAAACCAGAAAAUACGUUGUUGGUUGACUUGGGAUCCAAUGCAACUUUCCAAUGGGAAUGUAACUUCGGCAACGAGGAAGACUGGACCAACUUUGAACAAGUCUUUUGGGGAGGCGAGACCGACAAAUAUGGAAACAUUGGCAACAAAUUCCUCACGAUUGAUAACAGUGAAAAGGUGUGGACCAACCCAAAACUACCCGAUUCGGUCCGCUCCAGAGCUAUGUGGUCCGGAACAGUCAGCCGAAACAGCUGUCAGCUGGUUUUCCGCUUGAGAAAUGCGAUUGUCUCAGAUGACGGCACGUAUGGUUGUAUAGGGGUAGUGUAUGGGGAGACUUUCAAAAGCAGUCCAGUAAGACUUGUCGUCUUAGAACAACCAAAACUCGUCAGCCAAUCUAACCGGACCAUAGAUGUUGAAGAAGGAGAACCGGUAACACUAAAUUGCAAAGUAACUGGGAACCCUGUGCCGAGUAUAAUGUGGAUGCACAAUGGUAGGAUAUUGCCCCAAAAAGCCUCAGUGCUCAAAAUAUCAAAGAUUCAGCUCAGCCAAGCUGGUAUCUAUAACUGUACGGCCACGAACCAAGCUGGUAACGUGUCGGAAAGUUUCGUAGUCAACAUCGUGAGGUAUAAACCUUACAAAGACCAGAGCGCUAGUUCAAAAUCUCUUGUCCAAACAAAAAUUCGUCAACAGACUAUCCUGACAUGCGCAGUUGAUGCCAAACCUCCGGCAGAGUUCUUUUGGCGGAAACUAGGUAAGAUCACAGCUGGUGUGAACUCUACAGAAAACCUAAGUACACUGACAUUCACGCCUAAAGACAACGACGACUUUGGAUUCUACUUUUGCUAUGCUGGAAACAAAUUCGGAAUAACAACUAUUACUUUUAAGGUGAAGACAUAGUGCGUUUGUCCAUUUGGAUUCAGAGCAGAGCAGGCAUAUUUGCAGGGAGUACCAAAACAUCUAAAUUUCGGUAUGCCACUAAACCAGUGAUGUGUGAUUUGAGCUAUUUACUCUGGGACCAGUCAUUAUUAAUCCUCGUUAUUCAUUGUUGUGUUGCAGUAAAGUUUACCUGAUCCCCCACGAGGCAAUGCAAUAUUCUAGUGGUCCUUCCUCCUCAUGGGUAGUUUUUGGUAGUCAAUUUUCUCAAGUCCCCCCCUUUAUAAUUCAGUUGAGGACGAGUGAUUACCCCUUCUUCACCCCUGAAAACCUUGGGAUCCCUCCAAAAUUUUCCCCCACUUACCAAGGAGAUGAAUAAUGACUGCCUAUUUGUCUAAAUUUUUUUCCCUGUAAGGAAAAAAAACAAAAACAAAAACAAAAACAAAAAAAACAAAAAAGUAGCACCAAGAAUGAAAACCAGUUAAUAACAGACUACUGCCAUAAGAAUUAAAGUGCUCUUAUUAAUUGAGCUGGGCGGUUCGUGUUAAACAGGUGCAUCAUAUUAUUUCAAAUCAAAAUCUUAUCUUACUGUUUUCAAUUUUUUUGCGUUUCUCAAAGAAGCGCUUAGAUAAUAUACAGCUGCUUUGCUUUCAUUGUAGACCAGCUGCUGAUAAACGAAACCCCCUUGCAUUGUUAAGCAACAUUUGAUUAUAACUUGACAAACCGUAUUUCCACGGCAAAUUUUCAACGACAAUCUUAAUUUUUGCUUUGGGUGACGUAAGCCAACUCUUGGCUCGGUCACAUCUAUAGAAUGAUAAGAACUUUAAUAAUAAGAACUUCAAGUCUUUUCUUAGAUAUUCAAAGUUUUGCGAAUGGUUUAAAACAAGUGGGAAAAAGGGAAAAAAUUGCUGUGGCUUUUAUUUUUUUAUGAAAUAAAAACGAACCAGGACAUGGGAAUGAAAACCACUCACAAUAGCUCGCUUACUUUGAUGCAUAUUGAGUACGAAUUGAUCUUUGUUUGGUAUUAUGUAAAGUUUUUUAACUUCCAAGCUAGAUAAAUGAAUAUGCCUUGCAUGAAAUGCGAGCAUACAAUUUAACCAGUUUCAGUAAUGUAGAACAAGCAACCUGUGACAGUGAUCUUUAAAUGCUACCAUAAUGAAGUGUUUGAUAUGGCAAAUAUAACCUCAUAUUGUGAUGUGUGUAA